CGAUCACAACCCAAUUCAGUCUUCGAACAGAACCGAUCGACGACGGAUCAACUUUCCUCUGCCUCUUCGGUGUCGCACAAUCAUGUCAGCCAAAAUUUUCGGACUCUUCGUGCUGCUCAUCGUGGCGCACAUCGGCGAUGCUAUACUUCCUCUUAAAAAACAAAUAGAUAUAGGUUUACUAAAUUCGGUGUACUACGAUCCAAAAACCGGCCUCGCACUAAAAGGAGCAAUAGAAACCGAUGCCAAAACUCCACUGGGACAGAUUACGUUCCGAGGUAUCUCCUGUGAGUGUAAAAAACUGGUCUGUCGCUGUUGUAUAGGUUUAAAUGAAACGUUAUUCAAGAUCGAUCAACAAUCAUGCACAACGCUUACCUACAUACCGGAAGAUUUUGCUAUUAAGACAUCGUUGAGCUUAAACCAGAGGGAACUCGUUUCAAGCACCAUUUUAGGUAAAAAUCCACCACCUUUGUGCGUCCCGGUCCCAAAAUUACCAUUUGUGACCAUCUGCGUUCGUGUCUUCGAUAUCUACACCGUUAGAAAGAAUCUUCACGCUUGCGUCGACGUGGAGACUCGAAUCACCAAUGCACCUAUCUUUGUAUUGCACUUCAAUUGCGUGCAAGUAGGAUUGGAUGGACUCUCGUGGGGAUAUCCUGGUAGCACAAACACCGUGAACAUCGUGCAAAAUCAGUUUCCAAAUAACCAAUCGGAAGUGUACGACGACGUGAACUUCGAACCGGAAGAUCAGGAGUCGCACGAGAACAGUACCUCCUCACAGUCGUCCGAGGAAGAGGACCAAAUUGGGCAGUUGAAAUUACGAUCACUAUAGCUGUUUAUUGAAAUAUGCAAUUGUAAAUCAUGUAGUUAGUUAAAUUAUUAGUAACACGUUAAGGAAUGUAGACUAAUGUAUGGUUAAUAAUUUAUUGGUUGUUUUGAAUCUACUUAAAAUAAAAACUAUUUCUUGAACGAUA